GCCAUUGCCACUGCAAGCCACACUUUCCAUUUCCUACUAAACAUGGCCACCGUCACCACACAGGCUUCUGCCACCCUUUUCCGGCCAUGUGCCUCCAAAUCAAGAUUCCUUACUGGUUCUUCUACUAAACUAAACAGGGAAGUGGCUGUUAGUGUUAGACCAAUAGGGUCUCCUUCAUUUUCAUCUUUCAAGGUUCAAGCCAGGAAAGGAGAGUGGUUACCAGGCUUGGCCUCCCCAGGUUAUCUAAAUGGCAGUCUUCCUGGUGAUAAUGGAUUUGACCCUCUGGGGCUUGCUGAGGACCCUGAGAACUUGAGGUGGUUUGUUCAAGCUGAGCUUGUAAAUGGACGUUGGGCCAUGUUGGGUGUUGCAGGAAUGUUGCUUCCUGAAGUCUUCACCAAUAUUGGUAUCAUGAAUGUCCCCAAAUGGUAUGAUGCUGGGAAAGAAGAAUACUUUGCAUCAUCCUCAACCCUCUUUGUGAUUGAGUUCAUUUUGUUCCAUUACGUGGAAAUCAGGAGAUGGCAAGAUAUUAAGAACCCUGGAAGUGUCAACCAGGACCCCAUCUUUAAGCAGUACAGUUUACCCCCAAAUGAGGUUGGAUACCCUGGUGGCAUUUUUAACCCCUUGAAUUUUGCACCAACUCAGGAGGCUAAAGAGAAGGAAAUUGCCAAUGGGAGAUUGGCAAUGUUGGCAUUCUUGGGAUUUCUGGUUCAGCAUAACGUGACGGGCAAAGGGCCAUUUGACAACCUCUUGCAACAUCUCUCAGAUCCAUGGCACAACACCAUUGUCCAAACAUGGAGCGGCAACUAAAUUUGUAACCAUUGACAUGAAAACCUGUGUCAUUCUCUUGUAAUCCUGAAUAGAUGAAUUUUGAGAGAUUUGGGCAUGAUCGUAAAGAAUCAACUAUUUUCAUGUACAGAGGAACUAAGAUGUUUUUUUUAUGUUGUUUUUUAGAUUCAAGCCAAUUGCUGAACAAUUAAACAUUUUACUUCAAGAAAUAGUUUUCUAGGACCA